AUGGCAUCUCUCUUCGUCGGUGACCUUCAUCCGGAGGUUACAGAAGUUAUUCUGCAGUGGAGGUUCAUCCCGUUCGGCCCCAUCCAAUCCAUACGAGUGUGCAGGGACAGGGAGACAUUGUGCUCCCUUGGAUACGCUUUUAUUAAUUUUGUCCACCAGGCUGAUGCUGUUCAUGCCAUGGACAAGUUAAUGUUUGCAGACCUGAUGGGAAGGCCAAUGAGGAUCAUGUGGUCUCAACGGGACUCCUUUUUGAGAAAGAGUGGCAUCGGUAACAUUUAUAUUAAGGGGCUGGCCAGGAGCAUUGAUAACUUUGCCUUGUAUGACAUGUUCUCUGCAUUUGGAAACAUCUUGUCCUGCAAGGUGAUCAGUGAUGAGAACGGCUCUAAAGGUUAUGGCUUCGUACACUACAGCAGCUAUGAGGCUGCCGAGAGGGCCAUACUUACGUUGAAUGGCAUGUUACUGAAUAACCAAAUAGUGUCCAUCUGCCACUUUAAACCCUUUGAGGAGCGUCAGGCAGGGCGCAAUGAGAACCAACACCUGGGGGUUAGUGUUUACAUCUCUAGCCUGCCAUACAGGCUGAGUGAUGACCAGCUGCAUAGUGUGUUCUCACCAUUUGGAACCAUUCUAUAUGCCCGGGUGAUGAGGGAGGGUGGCCGAAGCAAAGGUUUUGGCUUUGUAAGCUUCUUCACCCGUGCAGCUGCCACUAAAGCUGUGGAAGUGAUGAAUGGCUCUGUGGUUGGUGGUAGGGCACUGCGUGUUGUUCUGUCCAAAUGCCGAGAGCAGGAGGCCCAACCUGGCAACCAGGACAGCAGCAAUGAGUUGCCAGUCCCUGUCCUGCACCCCUGCCAGCCUGCUGUGCCCUCUGGCCACUUCAAGGACAUUACACAGGUCCAGAACCAUAUUGCUUUCUCCCUCGCCAGCCAGUUCAUGCAACUCCAUCUCAGUCCUCAACAUGCUGAAUGGGGUUUCCUCUCUCAGGGUGAUAGUCCCAACCCACUCAUUUCUGCCACCCUGUUAAAUAUUGUGAGCUCAGCACCGCCAGCACAUAUGCUGAUGUUUCCAGAGUCUCUGGACAACAGGAUGAUGGUGAAUUCGGAGGGUGCUGGCAACACAAUAAGAGGACUCUCUCAGCUCCAGGACAGAAGCGAUACGUCACGAGUCCCUGUUUUGCCCUCCUGCCAGCCUGCUGUGCCCUUUGGCCAGUUUAUGGACAAUUUUCCAUGGGUCCAUGUCGAUGUCUCCCCUGCCAACCAGCUCAUGCAGCUCCAUCCCGUCUCUCGACAGGCUGCAGCGGGUGUCCUCCCUCACUGUGAGAGUCUCCAUCCACUCAUUUCCGAAAGCCUGUUUGACAUUGUGAGCUCAGCACUGCUCCCACGUAUGUUGGUGUCACUGGUGACUCCAGACUAUAGGAUGACAAUGAUUCUGGAGGGAGUGGACAACCCAAAGAGAGAACUCCUUCAGCUCUGCCAGACUGCACAGACUGCUCUCCCUCAAUCCUCCCGGACUCUUCAAAUCAUCCCUGAAAGAGUAGAUGAUGACACAGGAACAGCUCUAGUGAGAGCAGCUCCUCGUCUGAUGUGUGAUUCUCGUAUCCAGUCGCCUAGAUCAAUGUGGGGAUUCUGGCUUGGAAAGACACUUGAGAACUGUGUAAAAUCAGGACAUUUGAUCUGCCCCACAAGUUGGACCAUCCUGAGGCUCUGCACUAUAAAAUCAAUGCAUCUGCAGAUUAAAGCUGUUGCUGCUGGAGUCUGA